GCCGGCGGCCGACUGCGGAGUAGCCGGCGCCGGAGGCGCCGGAGCGCAGCUGCCUCACCGCCCUCACCUCAGUUAACUUCGGAGAUUAAGACUGCGUCUGAGGAAUGCGUUAUCAGCGUUUUGCAUGAUUUUAUCUUUUUUCUACGAACAAUCGAGGAGUAACAGAAUAAUAAAAUUAAUAACACGCCCCUCGAACGCAGCCUGGCUGUGGAGGCACGAUUCUUUAUAUAAAAACUUUGUGGUUAACGAGCCGUUGUUUUUUAACGACAUAAAUUGUUGGAGUAAAAAGAAGUGAAUGUGCAGGUAAAAGGAAUGAGAAAAAGGAAUUAAAACGAAGUAUAAGGCCGAAAGGAAAAAGGGAGUAAGUGAGAAGAUAAAGGGAUUGAAAGACGGGCGAAAGAAUUGGAGGUUAGGUAUGACAAUCUUGGAUACUUGGAUUAAUUAAAGAGAAAAAAGUGAAGUAAUAAAGGUAAUAAAGCGCUGAGAAAGGAAGAAAUAAGAAGAAAGGUCAAGGGUGAAAAGGCGAAAUUAGGAAGAGAAUUGCAAUUUCGGAAAAAGUAACAGGUAGUAACAGGUAGUAACAGAAGUAACAGGUGAAUAGGGAAGAAGAAAAGGGAAGGAUUAGGAUUGAGGCGAUAAUAUCUCAGAGACGAAAGAGAGAGAGAGAGAGAGAGAGAGAGAGAGAGAGAGUGAGGAAAUAAGGUGAGAAAGACGAAAGUAUAAAGACAAGGAGAAUAUUUGGUAGAUAAAAUUCUAUUAGUUACAUAGGAGAAUGGAUGUACAUGUGGCUAUGAAUACGCAUGAUAGGAAUGCAGGAAGAAGUAAUGAGUUAUUGGAAAUAAGAACGGAGAUGGAGAAAAUGAAAAAGGAAAUGGUGUUUAGAGAGGAAGAGUGGAAAAAGGAAAGAAAUGAAUUCAAAGGGACAAUAGAGAAAUUAGAAAAGCAAAUGACGUUCAAUGAGGAAAAAUGGAAAAGGGAAAAUAAUGAGUUCAAAGAAAAAAUAGAGAGAUUAGCCAUGAGAUUGGAAGAGUACGAUAAGAUUGAGCAACAUAUGGAUAUGGUGCAGGUGAAACAGGAGGAUAAUUCAAUGAACGUCACCUCGGAUGCGCCUCAACUGCAAACUAUCCAGCCAAGCACCAGUAGAAUGGAAUCUACUCGAGGUAACGACGUUGACAACUCGACGGCUGGAACUUCUGGCACAUCCGAAAAUGCACAGGGCCAGAAUUCUAAUGUUUCUAAGCCGAGUGGAUCAAACAACCCAAACGUCUCAAUUACAAAUACAUCGGACAAUAGAGAAAAUAAUACUUCCUUACUUAAAUCGGAAAAUGUCAACAGAUCAGGAAACGAAACAGAUCAAUCUGCGCCUGGAGAUUCUCGCAACAUUGACAAUACAACUAAUACUAAUAAUGAUAAUGAUGAGAUCAAGUGUUAUUGUGACAAGACUGCAAUCCAAUUAACAGUUAGAAAAGAUGGACCAACUAAAGGACGUCUGUUUUACAAAUGUUCCAAUAAAUUGCAAGGAAAGGGUGGUUGUAAAUUUUUCUUCUGGGCAUCUGACAGCGCCAAGGCUCAAGUUAAUACGGCGAACAAACAAUCAAGUUCGGUGUCCAAUCUGGACAGAAACAACACUGAUCACCUCUCUCGCGCUGGCACUUCUAAUAACGAUUUGGGAAAUACAUCUGCAAAUGAUGUUACGUGCAACUGUGAUCAGCUCGCUAUAAAGUUGACGGUUCACAAAGAUGGCCCCAAUAAAGGACGACAAUUUUAUGGAUGUCCUAAGGGACGGAACAUUGGUUGUAAUUUUUUCAAAUGGGCAGACGAGGAUGACGCUAAUGAUGAGAGCACAAACGGGGGCAAUUCCACUACGAGAGGAACAUGGAAUAACGUACGCAGACCAUCCCCUCAAAAAGAAGACAAUGCCGCCAAAAGGCGUAAAGUUGCCGAGGGCGAAAGAAAGUGCGGAAAUUGCAGAUUGAAAGGUCAUACGAGGACCACAUGUCCAAAUGGAAUUGCAGUGCCGGGAAUAUUCAUUCCGAUGGGGGGAUUGUAAAUGUGCAAUGGUAUAAGUAAAGAAGUGCUAUCAGGUUUUGUCCAGUCUUUAUUCUGGCUCACUCGAUGAUCAGUCGACUUUCGUCAUAAAAUCCAGUCUUUAUUCUGGUGGACUCGAUAGUCAUCGACUGACUAUCGUUAUAAUAUGUACUAUAUCAGUAUUGUCACAUUCCGCUAGUAAAACUUUGAAUUUCCAAAGAAGCCGCUAACUUGUAACAUAGAACGAAGAUUGACUAACAAAUGAAGUUUUUCAAAUAUAUAUUUUUUAUUGCAAACAAUGUAGUUUAUAACGAUUGGAUAUAAAAAGCUUUAUUAUAAUGGAGCAGUGUUAAAUACGGUUUUUAUAUCUGACUUUAUAUAAGACUUUAUAUAAGACUACUUCUGCCUUAUUAAAUGAUAACUUUUAUAAGUA